AUGGAUCAUAUGGGAGCGCAUCUCCACCAGACGCACGCAGACACCAUCAGUUUUGGGAUCGAUCAGAUUCUUAACAAUGCAGACCAGGGGAGCUGCAUGAUCUCCAACCCCAGAAUGCAGGACCUGGACUACGGUUUGGGCUGCAUAGUCAGCACAGCCUAUAAUACCAUGACUGGCAACUACAAUGUCAAUAACUCGGCUGGAUACAAUGGAAACUCGUGCAGCGUUGGCUCCCUCAACGGCUCGUACAACAUGAACUUGGGCACGAAUGUUAAUGGGAAUUGCCUUAAUUCUUCGGGAGUGAUCCGGGUUCCAGCGCACCGGCCGCUGAGCAGUGUUCACUCGUCCAUUCCCACCAGCGCUACUACGGUGCCAAGUAUGGGAAGCAUGGGCACCAUUAACAAUCUCACGGGAUUAUCGUUUCCUUGGAUGGAGAGUAACAGGAGAUAUACCAAAGACAGAUUUACAGUGGCCCUCUCACCGUUCACUGUAACACGCCGUAUAGGUCACCCGUACCAGAACCGAACGCCUCCGAAGAAGAAGAAGCCCCGGACGUCGUUCACGCGCCUCCAGAUCUGCGAGCUGGAGAAACGCUUCCACCGUCAGAAGUAUCUGGCGUCAGCUGAGAGGGCAGCCUUAGCGAAAGCACUUAAAAUGACUGAUGCGCAGGUCAAAACAUGGUUCCAGAACAGAAGAACGAAAUGGAGGCGGCAGACAGCAGAGGAGAGAGAAGCCGAGCGACAGCAAGCGAACCGAAUCCUUAUGCAACUUCAGCAAGAAGCUUUUCAAAAGACUAUAAACCAAUCUGUUACUCCGGACCCAAUCUGCCUACACAACAGCUCUCUAUUCGCACUUCAGAACCUCCAGCCCUGGACUGAGAACACGGGAAAAAUCAGUAGCGUCCCCAACACUGAUUAA